AGUUACAAAUGUUUAAGUUUUGGGCAUUGUGGUCAAUACUAACGUUUAUAAAUUUAUCUAUAAAUACUGCGCAUUCAGCAGAAAAUGAUGUAGAAUAUUUGCCACAUUAUGCAUCCGAUUUAGCUGUAAAUUCAGAUCUAGAACACCAGUUAAAAAAAAAGCUUGCCCAAAAAAGGAAAAGAGAAGAAAGACUUCACAAGUUAAACGAACAUAUCGCAAAGGACACUGAAUAUUUUGACGAAAUUCCGCAUUUUGCGGUAAGCAGUUCUAAGAGUAUAAGAAAACAAGCAAGUAUUGAAAAUGCCUUCAAAAAAAUUAUAGGUAUGGUUGGAGUCAAAUACACGUACAAAAGAGACUUAGACUGGAGAACAUGGAGAGAAGUGACUUAUCCUGGAAAGAAAAAGGAAAUUAUAUGUUACAGGUGCCAAAAUAUAGUAAAAUUAGCUGAAAAUAAUUGCACCAGUUGCCACAUGGGAGGAUAUUGGGUAAUUGAAGAGAACCAGCCAAAGUGUUCAUAUGAAAUACUUUCCUUCAGAAAUAGGAACGAGGUGUGUGUCGCACAUUUUUGGCAGUUAAACACAGCGAAACAUAACUCAUGUCCAGUCGUGAUCCCAUUAAAUGAAAUAUUUGGAUGUGGAAUUCCUAUGAUAACGAAAUAUGUAGUCAAUGCGGAUUACUCGAAGAACGUUUCUGAACGCACUUUACCCACGUUUUGUAAAACGCGGGAAAUGUGCGAAUUUUCAACUGUUUAUGCAAUAAACCCAGAAAGCAUAGUGUUCAGAGUUAUAAAUACAACAAACGACAUAAUUUACUCUAGAAUAAUGAAAAGGAACAGGAAAAAAUACGUGUGCAUCGACAACUGCGGCAUUUUUAAUUUCGACACACUGAGUGCUACAAGGAAGGAGGACCAUUUAGUUUUAAACCUUUUAAAUUCGAAUAAAAAGAAACGGGACAACCCUAGGCCUAAAAACAAAAAUAAGCGGCAAAAAUCAAAAAGUGGAAAUUUGAAAUCAAAUAAAGAGGCGUUGAAUAAUAAUGAUUUAUUCGUAUAUGAUAGCGAUUAUUUAGAACAACCAUCGGAUAGACAGCAGAGUACGACAGUAAACCCAUCAAUGUGUAAACAAAUACUUUUGAAAGAACUUUACAGAGAUUUGAACGAUGACAAUCUUACAUAAGAAUAUAUGUAUAGACGGUGAACCAAAUCUGGGCUCUAAAAAAUGGCGCGAAAUUAAUAUAAUUUUCUAUUUGAAUUAUACCUUCGCCCCUACAAGUCAGUCAAUUCAGUCAAUGUUUAAGUAUUAUGGCUCGUCGAUGAUUCCACCUACGUUAAGGUUUUAAAAAGACAAUUAGCCCUACAAUUUUCAAAUUUGCCGCCUUUCUUAGUGCCAAGAUUUGGUUGACCAUCUAUAAAAAUGUACAUUGUAAUUUUAUAUAAUUUUAAGGCAUGCUGUUAUGGCGACAAUGAAAAAUGUAGGCACCACGCUUUGUUCACUAAAAAAAAUGCAUAUUUUUCUAUUGCCAUAUUUGAUUGGUUAGUCAGACAUGUGUUCAGAUCAGACUAAACAUGUUUAUCAUAGGCGAAUUUCCUCUCAACAGUAUGAGCACUUUCAAAAAAGUUUUGUAUAUUAUCGAUUUAUAUCAAUAAUGCGCCUGACUUAUCUUAUGUAUCAAUAUUGCUAUUAUAAUUAAAUUAAACCAAAAAGUGAAGUCUUCAAAUUAUACUA